GAUCGGAAGACACUCGAUCCUCUCUUACAGCUGCUUUGCCGCGUCGUGCUAUUCCCCUCAACGUUGGGUGAUUCGGUGUUGGGUUGCCUGCCUCGGAUUCAACGCCUUGGGAAUUUCUCCUGUUGCUCUUCCCUUCCAUAGAUCUCUCCUGGACCGAUGGCGUCUCUCCUGCAGUCCCGUCCCGUCUGCUCGGCCGUUCGCAAGCAGUCGACGGUUCUACCUACCUAUCUUCAAAAUGCUUCGCAGUCCAUUGCUUCUACUUCAAGGACAUGUAGCUCAUUCUCUACACUAUCUUCAUCCUCUAGAUUGAUCAAUUCUCAAUAUUCCCUCCGGUCCCUCCAACGCUUCAAUCCCCGCUCCGCAGCCCCUACACAGCAAUGCCGGACCUUCCUGGUACAACUAAAACGCCAGUCCCAGACCCUGAAAGAGAACGCCCCUUCGACAGCUACUUCCCUUCCAUCAUCGGCCAAUUUGCAACUCACAAAUCUUCCCUAUUUCAUUCGUCGCACUGCCUCGAACCAACUUCCUGUAUACCUGGUUACCAAGGCCGGUGGUACCAAGCAGCAGACCAAGAUACAGAAGACCGAAGGUGACCUGGAUGCAUUAAGGAACGACCUUGCACAGUUUCUGGGUCUUGAAUCCGGCGAGCCUCGCUCUCCCAAGAGCUCAGACAUCACAAUCAACCGCCUUAAUGGACAUAUCAUUGUCAAGGGCUGGCGAAAGCCUGAGAUUCAGAAAUUCCUCUUGGAGCGUAAUUUUUAGAAGAUGAAGAACCGAUAAAAGCCCUGGAUAUGAGUAAUUUGCACGUUCCUCUCCAUCUCCCUCCACUAUUCGCUCGAUCAUCGACUCCCUAUCCAUCUUCCAGGCAAAAGUUUGAACCAGAAGGUUAUAUG